CACCUUGACACAUGGAAUGGACAUGUGUAGCUUGACACACACAUGACAUGUACCUUGACACAUGGAAUGGACAUGUGUAGCUUGACACACACAUGACAUGUACCUUGACACAUGAAAUGGACAUGUGUAGCUUGACAUACACAUGACAUGAACUUGACACAUGGAAUGGACAUGUGUAGCUUGACAUACACAUGACAUGUACCUUGAUAUACACAUGACACGUUCCUUGAUACAUAGAGUUGAUAAAUUUCGUUUGACACACACAUUGACACAUAGAAUUGACACAUGUAGCUUGACACACAGAUCUGUAUAUCACUGUCACAUUCAGAUUGAACAUGUGGUGUAUUUUAAGAUACUUUGCCGGGUGCCAUCAUUGAGGGGACGCCAACCUACCUUUAUGCUUUAAUUUGAACUAGAGAACACAUCCGCUGGUGAUCAAGUCUUUAGUUAAAUAAAAGAUGGUUUAAAGCUAGGUGUGGUCAUAAGUUUGGUUUCUUCAGAAUAUAAUCCCCAUCCAAAUGAAAACCAGAGUUUUUCAAAAGCCAUUUCACAGGGUCCCUUCUACAUUCUUUGUGUAAUGUGCUGUACAUAUGUCCCCCUGGGAUAUUUACUGAAGGAGAAAAGCUCAAGUACUUUAGUGUUAUAGCAUCUCCCGGACUAGAGAAUGUGUAUAUUAAUGAACUUACCUGUGCUGGGAUGGUUAUGUACAUUGACAUAUACCUUUAUUACUCCUACAGAAUAAAUUAUUAUAUUGAUGAACUUCUUGUUGAUCAUGUGAUGUCCUUUAACAAUUAUUUAUCUGAAAACUUGUCCAGGGGCUAUAGGACUCAGUGAUUCAUAAUUUGUAGUAGUAUACACAUACAUAUAGGAGUGUGAGGAGGUCAAGGUCAUCAGUGUGUAUAGAUGAACCCUGUGGGAGGAAAUGACCCUAGUUUUGAGUGGAAUGUGUGGUGUGAUGUAGGACUGAAGAUAUCAUUAUUUGAUAGCAGGAUGAAAUUUGUUUUGUUGUGAGCGCUAGAAAUUAGUUGGAAGAAAAGGGACGGAAUUCAGAAACUGGAAAUUCAUACUUAACAUUCUGAUUCUACAUUUGGCAAGACGUGUUACUUUUGUGUGUGUUUCUGACUUGGCCAACACAAAGAUGACUUGUGUCUAGUGAAUGACUCUUCUUAGUCUCAAACAUCUGUUCGUAAAAGAAUACUAUAGGACUACAUGUGAUGCACAUGUGUUUUUGAUAUUGACCUGUCAGUCUGAAGUGUGGGACCUGACAACAUGUUGACUUACAUUCCUCCUUUGUAACCAUGAGCAAAUGGAAUUUUUAUAUUGGAUGCACGUAAACUGAGAGGUUGGAUCAACAAUUUUAAGUUUGAGUUUUAAAUGUGUUGGGACCUAUAAGUUUAACCUGUGAAAAUUUGCCUGUGUACUUAUGGAAGUUUGUGUGAUGAUUAUGAUGGAAGUUUACAACUAUGUGAGAACAAUAUUUUGGAGUGAGUGGUUCUGGUUUGGUGGAUCAGGCCAUUCAUGGGUCGACUUCAUUGAUAAAGACGAUGGAAUACGUCACCCUCAAUACACUGACCUGAGAUGGGCCUUGUACUUGGGGCUGGUGAUAUUUUUGAUAAGGAAGAUUGCAGAGAGGUAUGUAGCUGCUCCCAUUGGUAGAUUAUUUGGAAUCCGAGAUACAAAACCCAGAAAACCUCCACCCAACCCAGUCCUAGAAAAUGCCUUCAGGUGUCACAAAUUCCCAGACCAUGACAAAAUGCAGAAUUUAUCAAAGCAGACAGAUUUAUCUACGAGAAAAGUUGAAAGAUGGUUUCGGAUGAGGAGGAAUCAGGAUCGUCCAAGCCUUAUGAAGCGUUUCACAGAAGCUGCGUGGAGGUUUGCCUUCUACUUUUCUGUGUUUAUCUAUGGAGUGGUAGUCCUAUGGGAUAAACCAUGGUUUGCAGAUUCAACAAAUUGCUGGGUUGGAUACCCUCACCAUCAUAUCCCACCAUCUAUAUUUUGGUACUACAUGAUAGAGAUAGGAUUCUACUCAUCAUUGAUGUUUUCACAGUUUAUAGAUGUCAAACGGAAAGAUUUCUGGGAGAUGUUUACCCACCAUGUGGCCACCAUGCUUCUACUGUGUUUCUCCUGGUCAGGAAACUUUGUACGAGUCGGCACCUUGGUAUUGGUCAUUCACGACGCUGUCGACUUCUGGAUGGAGGCAGCUAAAAUGGCGAAGUAUCUGAAAGCCCAACGUCUUUGUGAUGUGCUGUUCGCCAUCUUUGGUAUAGUCUGGUUCGUUACCAGGCUUGUCAUAUUCCCAGUCCGGAUCAUAGCGAGUACACUAUUCUAUGCCCACCCUAUCGUCGGAUUCGGGCCAGUGUACUAUACCUACAACAUUCUCUUGAUCUCCUUGCAAAUUCUGCAUUGUGUAUGGACAGUGCUGAUAAUCCGCGUCUUAUAUUUUGGGUGGUACAAAAAUCGAAAGGAGGUUACAGAUAUUCGUAGCUCUGAAGAGGAAAAUGUCAGUGAAGAUGAAAAUGGACAUGCGAUUCAACCCAACAAUAACCACAAUCACAAUCACAACCACAAUCACAACAAGGUCAAGGCAGUGUCUUAGUGCCAUCGCAGUGGCCAGCCAAGAAUGCCAGGGGGCCACGUCGCCAUGGAAAUCAGUCCUGCCUCUGUUUAUACUAAUUAAUUAAACAAAGCUUAUUACUGUGCAAUUGUGUGGCUGCAUGUGCAUUGUAAAUACAGCUCAAAUACAUGUAUUGAAAUAUUUCUUCUUCAGGUUAGAACGGUUCGUUUUAUCUGACAGUUUUUAGUCAAAGUUGAACUGAAGUGCUAUGUUAAGCAGACAGUUAUAUCUACUGCAGACAAAGUGUGAUAGAGAGUUAUCUCCCCUGGCGACUCUCUACUGUGGUAAGGCCAAAAUAUUGUAAGAGAUUGCAACGAUCCUAUUUUGUCCUUUGAUGCCUAGAAAUAGGUGUCAGGCUCCUGUAGUUUUGAGUAUUCAGCUGAGCGGCUGUUGUGCAAUAUAUGAUGUUGUUAUUGAUAUGAAACUUUUCGUGAGCCUAUUAUAUGGAGAGUUUUUUGUAUUCUGUCAUCUGGCGUGUAUGUUGUAAGUGGAGAAUGGAAUUUUAUAAUCAUAAUGUCUACGUGACCUUAGGCCUGUUGUAUAGACGUUAAAUAAGCAAUCCAGCCUUCGCUGGAAGCGCAGGUCGUCAGUGGUAUGACACUAGUCAUGUGACCAGUGUAUCCUGUAUACAAGUGCCCUUGUCUGUGCUGAGAUUUGAGCCAUUUGUUUUUGGUCUGUUAGGAACAUAAAUAUUUUGAAGCCAGAAGUUCAGUGCUUGGGCACUGUUAAAGGGAUAUGCGGCCUGACCGGUUGACCACUGUUAUGAGUAUGGUUCAGGGGUUGUAAGUGCCAAACUUGCAGCUUCGUUACUCAUUUCAAUGUCACAAACACUAUACAUUCUAUGUUCGUUGGCAAGAGUGAUGAUAUGAGUGUUAAAUUUCAAUUUAAAUGCAAUUAAGCUUGUUGUAGUAAUUUAUACUUUGGUCUCUGAAAUAUGGUCAGAGUCUCAGGCAAUUAUGUACAGGUAGUAAUAAACUGUUUUAUUUAUAUUACAACUGAUGCAAUGCUUCAAGAUUUGAAGUAUGCAUUAGAUUUCUAAAUAUAUUUAAAAAAAACAUUUAUAAUAUUUAAAUUUUUAAUCACCAAAUUAAUAAUUUAGUUCAAAAGUUCUAUUUAAAAUGUAGAUAUGACAAUGCAUUUAAAUGAUUUAAUCUAAAUCCUGUAGACUGUUGGGUCAUGAGGUCCUGGAUAACGGUCGUAAACUCAAACUAUAAUUAUUUUUUGAAAAUAUCCUAUUCAGGUUUUUAAUGUAUUUCUGAGUUGUUUUGUAACUUUUGGUAUUAAAGUGCUGUUUGUAAACUAAUGAGAUUAGAAUGCCAGACCUGUUGAUCUACAAUGGAAGCAUGUGUAACCUGUUUGAUAUCAUGAAUGGAAUGAAAGAAUAUUAUUCGAGUACAUUGUAUAUACAUGUAUAUGAACUUUAUACUGAACAUAUGUUACGUAACCUAUGUAGCAAGGGAGGAAAUAUCUGAUAUAUCAGACAAGGAAAUGGAAAUCUUUUGUAAUUUAGAUGUUCAAUCCAUGUAAUGUGGUUACAAAACUAUAAGGGGUAGAUAUGUGAUGUGUACAUCAGUGUCCUAUUGUCUUUACAAUUUAAUGUGUAGAUUCACAAUGGAAGUCUGAAAAUGAUGAAAAGUUAUUUUGAUGAAAUACAACAAUACAUCAGUUUUAGCAUACAUCAUCAUAAAAUGUCGGUGAUGUCAAAACUAAAAUUUAAAAAAAAAAAACCUCACACACAUACAAAAGUUUUUAACUUUGAAAUUGAAGUCAACUGAAUCGUGUUAAACCCUACUAAUGAUGGAUUCUGUUUGAUUGUGUCUACAUGUAAAUAAAUGCAAUAUUUAUGCGGUUAUCAUGAUGGCAAGUUGAUAAGAGAUUCUGAUAAUGUGAUAUCAAUUGUAUCUAGUUAGGGUUAGAGUAAUCAGCCAGGGGGCACCAGUAGCACAGAGAUGCAGGCCACAGAGUUUUGACACAAUUCCAAAUCCACAUUCAGUACAUAAGUAUAUGUAUAUGAACCAUAGGAAGGUAAUGUACCAAGUCCCUGUGCUGUAGCCUAAUCACCAGGCACCUCAUUGAUCAAACAGUACAUACUGGGUACAUAUAGGUGUCUACCAAUAGGUCAUGUGUACUCAAAGUAUAGCUAUACAGUAAUCUGGAGUAAACCAAACAACUACUGUCCAAUUGUCAAUAAUCUAGUCAUGUUAUUUCUUGGUCGAUAAACCUGUCACCUUCAAUUAAGUAAUACAGUCAUAUAAUCCUGGAUGAUAAUCCAAUAAAUUCCUGGAAGAUAAUCCAGUCACUUUCAUUCCUGGAAGAUAAUCUAGCCACCUUUAUUCCCUGUAGCUGAUCUAGUCAUGUUUUUCCUGAUUGAUAAUCCAGUCACUUUUUAGAUCAUUCCUGAUAGGAAAUACAGCCACCUUUAUUUCAUUUCUUGUAAAUAGUCCACCAUUCACCAAAUGAGAAGACUGGACUCAUUUGAUGACUUUAUGUAGAAAAAAAACAAGCAGCCUUCUAAUAUGUGCUCGGUGGUGGGACAACUAGAUUAGUGGUAACAGGAUAGAGAGAUAAACAGAUUAGUGGUGACUGGAUAAAGGGAUAAACAGAUUAGUGGUAACAGGAUAGAGAGAUAAACAGAUUAGUGGUGACUAGAUAAAGGGAUAAACAGAUUAGUGGUGACUGGAUAAAGGGAUAAACAGAUUAGUGGUGACUGGAUAAAGGGAUGAACAGAUUAGUGGUUACUGGAUAGUUGGACAACCAGAUUAGUGGUGACUGGAUAUAGGGAUAAACAGAUCAGUGGUGACUAGAUAUAGGGAUAAACAGAUCAGUGGUGACUGGAUAGAGAGCCUGAGACAAACUGGUGACUGGAAUGGGGAAAACCGGAUAAAUGGCCUUGGAGGGUUGGUCAACUAAAUAAGUAUGGUUUGGAUUAAUGAUAUUUUAAUUUAUAUGAACAUGGUUUAUCCUAAAUGAUAUUGGUUCUCUUUCUGUAUAAUUGACCACUCCCUGUGUGACUGUUCUAUUGGGUGUAUGACACUGUCGCUAGCGAGAGUACCAGCAUCAUACCUAAAAGUGAUUGUCACAACUUAACUGACAUCUGUCCUAACAAUAUCCAUAUCUGUUUGUCAGGGUCUAAUGUCCAGAGGGUCAAGUUCCAGACGGAUUGACCCCUGGUGUUCAGGUGGAUUAGAGCAUGACCUGAACAAUGUCCUUCACUUCAUUUUGUCAGUAGUAUGAAGACAAUUAAGCCAGUCAUCACACAAAGUUUCACCAACCAUGGCAUUUUUUUUAUCAGAGAUAUAGACUUGAGGCUAAAGGGGAAUGUAGGGUAGUAAAAGAGAGGACCUACCAUAACCAAUGUUCUUCGUUAUAUUGUCGACUGAUAUUUACCCACCUGUUAUGAGAAAUGUUUGAUCAAAAUGUCUACUAGUGAAGAUUUGUUUUCUUUAAUUUACUGAUGUUCAUGUCAGGCUACUAUCAAUUCAGACAUUACAACACUUCAUCUCGGUCAUCACUGGAGCUUUGACCUUUGACCUUGGUCAUUGUUAUAACAUAUAAUCUUUCUACUUUUACAGCCUUCGAUUCAUUAAAAUUGCAUUGACAGUUUUGAUAGUCCAUUAUGAUGUUUUAAACUUUGUUGAAGUAUAGUCCCAACAUAGGGUUGGAAGAAUGCUCCUAAACUUCUUAUACUAAAAUGUCAAUGUGAAGGUUGUGUGACACAAGAACCUGUUAAGACAUCAACCCCUUACAAUUCAAAUUAACCAAACUAGAUAUGAGAAGAAAAAAAUGUAUGUUGUUUAUAAAACUCUUUAACAUUUAACUCAGGUCGAAAGUAUAACCCAUGAAAAUUAAAUUUACAAUAUCAACAUUUUUUUUUUUUAUUUAUUACGCAUAAACAUGUAUGUACAGUACCAGUUGAUAGGGAUAGCAUCAUCCGUGAAUGGUGGGGUGUUGACUCUCUGUAGAUCCCACACCCGAGGGGUGGACUUCUGUCCAACACUCCAGUGUGCCACACCGGACGGUUGUAGACAGUAAGUCAAACCUCGAAGACCUUUUCAACAGGUAAAAACCAUCAGUAUGAAAUCCAGCAUUAGUUUUCCUUCACACUAUUUUUGUUAUAUUUUAAAGAAUUCAAAAUAAUUAAAAUGAUGUAUUUAGACCUUUAUGAUUAUUGAUUUGUAGAUUUUUUUUCUACCCUUACAUAUCUUGACUGUUAACAGGUAUUUAUAUUGGAACACCUGUUAGGAGAUGGGAUCAUUACUGUUGUAUUAUAUUUAUCUGGUACAAUAUUGUAUAUCAAAUAUGGUAAUAUUCAGUCAUUUUUAGAUGUAAUUAUUGUAUUGUAAAUCAUGUUUAUACACUGUAUGUCUUUAAACUGAAAUGUAUACAGUGGAUACAAACCGCCCUCCCUACAGGAUAGCAGUGAUUGAUAAGUGAUUCUACACCCAUCUGACCCAGGUUUUCUGGCCAGCCUCAAAGUUCAUGCAUAGAGAUCACUUUUCUCUCUCUCUGAUAAUAUUUCAUGGAAAUUGGUGUCAAAAUCAUAAAAAUUGUAAUAAUGUUAUACUGAUAACAAGGACAGUCAUUAACUUUUUUUUUUUUUAAAUUUAGGGAAAAUGUCUUAAUGGUGCUUAGUGGGAAAAAUAUGACGUGAAAACCAAUUCUGAUGCAAAUACGUGGUAGAAAAAAUACACUCAUCUUUCAGCAGAAAAAAUACACUCAUCUUUCAGCAUAAAAGCAAAAUUCAAACCAAAUCACAGUUUGUACUUUUUAAAGAAGCAGAGGGGAACAGAUGUCAUUGACACUGUUUGCUUUUAAAAGUAGACCCUUCAUAUUUUUAAAGGAAAAAAUAAAUAAAAACGAUUGAAAGAUACAGGCCUUGCUGGCCACUUAGGGAUUCAGAAAAUGGGUGAAAUAGAGCUGAUGGUAGGACCAGAGCUGGGGGAAGGGUUUACAUACUUAGUGUGGGUCCCCGAUACUCCAGGGCUGGGGGAAGGGUUUACAUACUUAGUGUGGGUCCCCGAUACUCCAGGGCUGGGGGAAGGGUUUACAUACUUAGUGUGGUCCUCGGUAGUCCAGAGCUGGGGGAAGGGUUGAUAUACUUAGUGUGGUCUCCAAUACUCCAGAGCUUUCAUCAGUGAGGUCCCGAGUAGUCCCGAGUAGUCCCGAGAUGGGGGCGGGGUUUACCUACUCAGACUCUGUGAGGUCCCUGGUAGUCCAAAGUUGGGGGCGGUGUUUACCUACUUAAUGAGGUCCCCUGUAGUCCAGAGUUGGGGGCAGGGUUUACCUACUUAGUGAGGUCCCCGGUAGUCCAGAGAUGGGGGGCGGAUUUACCUACGUGAGUCCUGGAUAGCCUAGAGCUGGGGGUGGGGUUUACCUAGACGGACUCGGAGAGGUCCGGGGUAGCUGUAUGGUUUGAAAUCUAAAUACUCUGUGUUUCCCAUUUAGUAUGCAGAUUGCUUUGCAACUGAUGUAAUCCUGAACCGUGUUAAGUGUUUUGUCUGUGGUUGAGUGUAUUUUUUAACGAUAUUACUGUUUUUAGCAUUGCUUUAUUCAGUAGGUCUACAUUGUUAUGUAGUAAUUCAUGUUUUGACAGUGAAUGAUUUGUUUUAAAUCUACUGAAAUUAAAUUUGGAAUCUGCACGAGUUUUGAUUAUUGAAUGAUGUUAAUGUAAAAACUUGUUUCUAGUACAUCUGAUAGAAAACUAUUUUCAGUCAGUGUGUGCCAAACUUGUCAAGACUAUUACAGCUAAACAAUGGUCCCAGUUAUACAAAUACUAAAUUAUUCAUUGCCUUUUGUUGAGGGCAUAAAACAAAUUCUGUGCCUUCAUCUGUUGGUAAUGACUGGAUAUUUGAUGAGGGAUCAAAAUUUUAUUUUGUGCAAUGAGAUGUUUUUUUAAUCUGUUUUUUUUUUUAGGUGUGUCGUGUCGGUAAUGCGUUUUAGCAUUGAGACGUUCUAUGGUCAGUUUUUGUGCCCGUUACACAACAAAAGUUCCACCAACUCAGAUCAGUGUAGUGUUACAUCAAAUAUAAUCGUCUAAAUGGAUGGGAGUAUGAACUGACAUAGAAUUAAUUCAGAAUGGUAGAGAAUCACACAUAGGUCAUAAGAUCCCCUUUAAACCCCAGAUAUGUUUUCACCAUACUAGCUUAUAAGUGUUAAAGAAAUAUAUCAAAACUAGGCAAAAAAUAUAAACAAGCUUGUUUGUGUUGUGGUCAGUUCGUCCAAUGAUGUAGGUUUAUUUUAUCUAGUCGUGAAUACCCACUGCCAACGAUACUGUCAUGCAUGUAUGCAGGGUCACUUUUGCUUAAGGUUAUGUACAGCUGUGUAUAUAAGACUAUUUUUUACUAUUUAUGGUAAAGUGUAUAAUAAGGAGAGGUGGAAAUGUAAAUUAAUGAAAAGUCAUUUGCUUCCAUUAAAGGUCAUACCAAGGAUGUAUUUGACAUAAUUUUCAUCGUUUGGAAUUUAAUUAUUUGGAGAAAAAAACAUCAAAGAAAUAAAAAGGAAAAAUUAAAAUUUGACCAUUAACCUUAGGCUUACCAGUCUUUUGUGACUGUGUUUCACAUUAACAUUUUUUUUACAAAAAUCAUUUAUCCAAGAAAUGUAUUUAAAGGAUCUCCAAAUAAAAAAAAAGUUGACUGUCAAAGGGAAGUAACUCUAAAACAGAGAAAAAAACUACUUUAUCUUUUGGAUGGAGAUAAGGUAAUAAUACAUUUCUGAAAUUAAAAUAUUUAGAUUAUAACCAAUGCAGUGGUAUUCCUCACCAUAAGAUGAUGUGCCCUAUAAAAGGCUACCUACAUUCGUACAAGACUGAUUUACGCACUAUGUAACAACAAAAACAAUAUUAACUUUGUCACGCUUCAGAAGAAUAACCCUCAUGUUACAAACAACAUAAACAAAUCUUUGCUACCUACUCAAGUAUUUGCGUCCAUUACCAGAAUAGAAGGGAUGAACUCUAUGAACUUUGUAAUCUAAAUAUUUUGCGAGUAGUAUAGAAAAUCACCGAAUAUUAUUUACCUGGCAUCAUUGUUUUUAUGACAAUGGAAUAGGUGUAAAUUUGCCCUACUAACUGCUGAUUUUAAUUCUUCAGUUGUGUCACCUGACCAUCAAAUCACAUGACACAUUGAAAGGUGGUUUAGUAGAAUUGAACUGUCUACAAAAUCCCAGCAUUCCUGUAUAUCAUAUACAUACCUAGGAUGUUCUAUCUACCAGAGGAAUGUGUCAUGGACUUUGUACAUAGUCUUGCUAUUGUCCAAAUGCAUGUAAAAUGACUAUGCUGGACUUUGUACAGGAGUAUGCAUCAUGCAGCAGAUCAAAGGUCUCUGAUUGGCUAAAUUUGGUUGAGGUAUGGCACCUUGCAGUCAUCAAAGGAAAGAAACCAGACAUUUGAUUGGUCAGGUUGUUUGGUCUGAAACCAAUCAAAUGGUUUAACCGCAAAUCCUUUGUUUUACUGUGACAUAUUCUAAGGAUACAGAGAAUAGAUAUGUAUAUUGAUUGGAAUUCUUGGUUUUAAAGAUGGGAAUGUACUAAUGUACAGAACACUGCAGUAUUAGUUUGUCACUGUGUGAAAGUGGUCAAGGUGAGAGAGUGGGGAAUGUAAUAAAUCAAAUGGAAUACACAAAAUUGAUUUAGUAUUUCAUAUUUUGGGUAAGAUAAUUAUGUAGGGGGAUUUUAAUUAACUUUGUAUUUAGUGCUUAGAUGACAAUACAUCUGGUCGUAAUUGACAGCUGUGUAAUGGAUAUAGUAGUUUUAGUAGGAAAUUGUGAUUUCAUUGUUAAUAUUGAUGAAAAGGCUUGGAUUUCAGAAACUUUUUCAGAGUUCAUUGUUGUUGUCAUAAGCUUUAAAGAAUAUAUGCAUAUGUAGAACUACAUUUUCCAGUGCCCAGAUACAUUCACGAUAUAAUUGUAUGAAUAUUGAUAACAUAAUUGUAAUACAUGUUUAGGUCUAGUUCACAUGUAUUUUCUUUCAAAUGAAAUUUUGUAUAAUCUUUUUAAACCAAAUUUUUCUUGCCAAUUUUAGAUUUAUAGUAAAGUCAUUACUUAUUUCUACAUGCAAAAUUUGUAUCUACCCAAUCGUAGCAACACUGGAUGAAUAUUCCAUGGGAGGAAAGUUAGCUUUAGCAUCCUCUAAGCUGUUGAGCAUGACUGAAUGUUACAGAACAGUUAGAGAUGGGUUUGAUACUCUAGCCAGUUAUAUUUUUGUGUCUACUUUGAGAUUAAACUACUAAUAUAUUUGUAAAUCUAACAGAAGUUGCUCAUUUUGAGCCUAUAAGCAGUUGAACCUAAAACUUGUCAUUUAUUUUUCUAUUUUCACGAAAGAGAAAGAAAAAAAUGAAGCUAGAAGCAUUACUCUAGCUGAUCUCUUGCCUUCAACUCCACACUGUAAAUCACUUGGGCUUCAUGUUUCAAUUUUUUUUUUUUUACAUUGUUUUGCCUGAAGGGUUAGUUACAAAAUAGAUACCAUGAUACUAACCCCUUGACUAGUUUUAUAACUAUUAGGCCACUUUCAUAUACAGUACUAGUAAUUUAUUAUAUUGAAAUGUCAUCAUACUGUGUUCAUUUGUUAAGGGAGAUUCAAAUUCUCAAAGGUCAAGUGAUUAUUUGAUAGUAUAUAUGGCAAGCCAACUUAACAUUUGUUGGAGGAGGGAUGGUGAUCAAAUAUUUGAUACUUCAUAAAAAUUAUUUAAUUAUUAAUUCACCGUUCAUUUCAUAGAGUAUAUACACUGUAUUUUCUUGUGUUAUGGCUCCUUAACAUAACACAUAUAUUCGAGUGUAUCCUUCAGAUUCAAUCUACUGCACACAAUCACUAAAAAAUUACGUCACUGUAUCGGCCAAUCAGAACUGACAUUUUCAAACAGCUACGUCCUUUUGUCAUUGGCUGAUGACCUAAAACAUUUUCAGCCAAUGAAAAUUCUUGUUAUUAGCAAGAUUAGAUAUACAAGAUUUUUUUCAUUCUGAUGAAAGUUCUUAAAAUAUUUAGAGUGCAAUAUCUUGGAUGAAUAUACCUGUUUAUACAGGAUAUCUCAUAAAGAUGAAUAUACCUGUUUAUACAGGAUAUCUCAUAAAGAAUGCAAGUUGAUUUGUAGAUAGCAAACCUUAUAAAAAACGAAUGUUGUUAUUAAAUGUUUGAAGCAAAAACAAUGGACUUUUUGUGAAGGAAACCAGUAUUUUCCCUAUUAGUUUCAGUUUUGAUAUAUGAGUCAUAUUUCAAGAUUUCAUUCUGCCCUCAGAAAUGGUAGAAGCUAAGAAUCCCUUGUAAAACCUUCACAGUAAUUGUUAACUUGGCUUGCUGAUGAUAUACUGUGUAGUUGGCACUGAGGAUAUUUUCAAAACAGUAUUCCAUGGAAUUCAAUAGCAUGAAUUAGGUCCAACUGGAAUAGCAGCAAAACAUCAGCCCUGUGAACAACUAUACAGUUACUAUGCUGUGUCCUACUGGUAGAAAGACUGACGAGUCAGCAUUUGUAGGGUAUCGGGUAUCCAUCAUUUUCCCAUCUGUAAAUUUUAUUUUUUUUUUGCAAAUAAUGUAUUUGUAGCAUAAACAUAAAAAUGAUUCUUCAUGAAAGUGAGUUGAUUUACAGCCAUUUACCACACAUUUGAUUUUGUUGUUGUUACUUUGUUUUGUUAAGUUGAAGUGAUAUUUAUGAUUUUUGUAACUUCACUGGAAAGAAAUGACAUGGAUCAGGGUAUCCUUGAUUUUUCCAGAAAGUAACUCCUUGGGUUUGACCUCAUUGAUAAACUAAGCUUAAAUUGAUUAAUACCUCCUUUUUUCUUUUUCUCUUUAUAUAUAUAUUUUUUUUCGAUUUGUCAGUUUUUAUGCGUCCGUCAAAUUUGAUGACAGCAUUAUGGUAUGGCGUUGUACGUCCAUCUAUCCAUCUGUUCGGUGCAGUGCCCUUUAAUUAUUUCAGUACAUAAAUGUAUUUGAUUUUUGUGCGGAAUAUCAGUAUUUGAUUUUUGUGCGGAGAUCUACAUUUUUUGACUGAUUUCUUUGAGACUUGGUAGACUUUAUAAUCAUAUUAUAUAAUUGUGUUUCCCCGAGUGGCAUUUUGAUUCAGGUAUUUUUGCAAAAGUUAUUGACCUUUGUUUAUUUAUUUUUGUCAGAAGAUCUACAUUUCUGUACCAAUUUUCAUUGAAAUUAUGUAGGCUUUAUAAUCAUAAUAUCAAAUUUGUUUCCCAAAGAGGCAUUUUGAUUCAACUAUUUUUGCAAAAGUUAUUGCUCUUUAUUCAUUUCUUGUACUUGAAUCUUGUCCGGAGAUCUCCCAAAGUUUUCUACCGAUUUCUUUGAAACUGGGUAGGCAUUAUAAUCAGGAUGAGGUAGAGACUAACUCCUGCUUACUUGUAUUCCUCAAACUGUAAGAAAAUUAAGCAUUGUAGUGAAAGGUGAGGGUAUGGAGGAAUAUUUCUGCCAUCGAGUCGCCGCCUUUCGACAUAUUUCUGAGAAGGUGUCAACAUCAUCAAAUGAUAUGCCAACAUAAACUGAAAAUAUGUCAACUUAAAAGUUUACUUACCAAGAUAAUAUUGUCGUGAUAAUUAUCUAGGAAGUCGAUGUAAGAAAUAUGCCAAGUUUACGACUUCCUAGAUGAUUAUCACGGUGUUAUUUUAUCUCGGCAAUUAAGCUAAUAAGUUGACAUAUUUUUCAAAUUAUGUUGAUAUUUAUUUAUAAUGUUGACAUCUUCUCGGAAAUAUGUCGACGUCUUUAAGUCGUAAGUUGGAAAAUCGAUGGCAGAAAUAUGCCAUUAUAUGAAGGUUAUAGCAUGCCACCUAACCACUUUUACAGUGUAAUGAGAUGCAUAAAACAUUUGACGGGCGUAUAUUGUUCCGCCUCGCGGAACUCUUGUUCCAUUUAUUAAUUCGUUGUUAUUUUUGUAAUUCAAUUAUGUGUUCAUCAAUUAUAUAUGCACUUGGAAUAUAAACAGUGAAUUUUCUUAUGAAAACGUUUCAAAUUAAUAUGAAGAAUCAAAAUGGUUUUAAUUUUUUUAAAGUGAAUAUGACUGGUUUCCCAUUGGACUUUGUACACUUUUUCCACUUACAAAAGCAGUAGUUUUUAAAUUUUGCACAGACAAGUUUAUCUGUAUAAAGUCAGGAGAAAUAUUUUUAUUAUCAACAUGAUAUGAAUGUAUUUCAAUUUAAUCUUUUUAAUCUUUUUACUUAUAUGAAUAGAACAAGAUUUGUGAUUCUACAGAUAAAUAUGUAUGAAAGUGAGAAUGAAGAAUCUAUUCUGCUACAUUACCGUGUACAAAAUGGGGAUACCAUAACUAUUCUGUUGGUCGGAUAUGACAUUAAUCCGGUUAUUAUCGUGAUUACAGUCCAGAUACAACCUCAUAGACCAGAGGCAUAUCAUAUCCAGCCAAUGAAAUACUCUCUUAUCAUGCCACUGACCAAUCAGAUCACUUCUGUAUAGCUAACAUAAUAUAUAGCAUAGAAGUGGAAUGGGGCUAUGUUAUGUAGACAUGUUUCUGACCUUAUGGUACCAUAUUUAUCCCAUGAUAUGCCUGGAGUUGAAGUCGAGGAUAGGUUCAUUGCAGGACAAGGAAAUUGCAUGCGUUAAAAGAAUUUUGACUGAACAGCAUUGUUACCAGGCCUGGGCAUAUUGUUAGAUGAAUGUAUAAGGUCAAUAAAAUAUGGAUUUAAUUAUAGUAUGCAUGAAGCGAUACAAGCAGUAGCAUGAUAAGUAUGGGUGCCGAGGCAUAGUAAUGUAGAUAUAGCCACACAGAUGGGGACCUGACCCAUCAUAGCCACACAGAUAGGAACCGGGUCCAUCAUAGCCACACAGAUGGGACUGGGUCCAUGAUGUACACUGGUGCAGUAUUUAGCCUGAUCCAAGUCUGGAUUAGAUGUGCCCAGAAUAUUUGUCAAUAAAAUAUUUCAUUUCUUUCA